UGUCGACAUUCAGAACGUCUGACUGUGUUUGUUUCUUCUUGUUCUUCAGUAACAUGGCGUCUCCGUUCAAAAUCCCCAAGAAGAAACAGCCUUCUGACUCCGCCCCCCUGCACACGUCACCGCUGGCCCGCCUCCAGAGCUCCGCCCCGGAAUUUAAGAGUUACGGGGGUCAGUCCAGCAGAGGAAGAGCUGACAGGAUGCAUGCUGGGAACUCCUCAUGGAACAGACAGAGUGAUCCUCUCUUCAGGAACGUGGUCAAAACGCUGCUGGGACUCAACAGACCCAACACAGCAGCCAAUCACAGAGGAGCAGCAGCAGCAGCCAAUCACAGAGGAGCAGCAGCAGCAGCCAAUCACAGAGGAGCAGCAGCCAAUCACAGAGGAGCAGCAGCAGCCAAUCACAACGGAUGGCGUCCUAAGAGAGCGUCAGACCGCCUGCUGCUGCCUGACGGGACCUCAGAGCGCCCGUCUCCACCACAGAAGAAGAAGAAGAGUGACCUCCCUGGUGAAAGCUGUGAACCUUCAGACCCGUUCUCCUCCAGAAGCAUCUCCGUGGACUCUCUGGACUCUCUGGCACAGCUGAGAGGUGACGGGCAUGCUGGGAGUUUGAGUUCUCCUGCCGUCAGAGGGAGAACGUGGAGGAGACGGGACGCCGCCGCUGAGGGCGAGCAGCAGAGCUCGUCUCCCUCCGGCUCAGACCAGACGUCAGAGGACGACUCGGUGUCUCCGUCCAGAAACAAACCCGCCGUGAUGUCACCGAGGACGGCGGGUGAGAGGAGGCGGAGCCUGGACCGGACGGCGUGGAUCACCGCCGCCAGCAGCAGCAGCAGCGACAGCCAAUCACAGAGGAGCAGCAGCAGCAGCAGCGACCUGCUGGGAGACCUGAGGGAGAAGGAGAGGGAGAGAUGGAGGGAGUUCAGAGAGAGGAAGAACACCGUCCUUCAUCUACGACUCAAGAAACCCACCCACUCUGAACCCAUUGUGCUGUCGAGUGAAGAGGAGGAAGAGGAGGGUGAGGAUGAAGGAGACGGAGGAAGGAGGACGUCACAGAGUCAGCUGGAGGAGUCUGAGCCGACUCAGGCUCAACAGGCUCCAUCAGGUGAAACAGACGAGUUUGACCCUCCGCCGCCGCCGCCGUCCUUCCUGCAGCUGGACUUCAUCUCGCUGCACGCCGGCCUGACGCACGCCCACGCCAACGGGAAGAUGAUGAUCACUGAGAACGGCGUCACUCUUCCUCUGAAAGGAGGUGAGGAGGAGGAUGGCGAGGUCACCGUGGUGGCGUCUCAGGUUCGGGGUUACGGCGUCUGGGACGGGGGCGUGGCUCAGGAAGGGACUCUAUUGGCUGGUUGGAAAGGUCCCGCCCCCUCGCUGCUCUUCCUGUGGGUGACUGACGCUCAGGCCAACCUACUGCAGAAGGAGCUGUCCUCCAUCCAGACCUCAACCCAGACCCUCAUCCAGACCCCCAUCCAGACCUCCAACCAGACCCCCAUCCAGACCUCCAACCAGACCCCCAACCAGACCUCCAACCAGACCUCCAACCAGAUAUCCACCACCGCAUCAGGUCCACCGUGCUCCUUCCUCCUGCUGGUGUUGAAGGAGCAGCUUCAGGAGCUCCAGGCCGCCCUGCUGAACUCCAUCCUGGACAUGGAGGAGUACCGGAGGGGCUGCUCCUCCUCUGGACCCGCCUCCCCUCUGGACUGGACCCACGGACUGCUGCUCCUCCACAGCUGUCCUCCUCCUCUGGACCAGCACCUCCUCGGACUGCUGGGACACUCUGCUACGAGAACCAUCCAGAAGACCAAGACCAACCUGAACUCUUCUGGUCGGCAGCAGCUUCCCACCAGGUUGAUCCAGUACCCGGCGGCGCCCUGUAAAGGCCGGAUCACGGUGGCGAAGGAGGACCUGGCCUGUCUUGGUGACGGCGAGUUCCUCAACGACGUCAUCAUCGACUUCUACCUGAAGUUCCUCCUCCUGGAGGGGGUCGGGGGCUCGGUGGCCAACAGGUGUCACAUCUUCAGCAGCUUCUUCUACAAACAGCUGAGCAGACGGCGAGCCGCCGGCGAGGACGACGCCCCCUCUGUCCCAGAUCGUCACGUGAGGCAUCAGAGGGUGAAGACGUGGACGCGCCACGUCGACAUUUUCACCAAAGACUUCCUGUUGGUUCCAGUCAAUCAAGAAGCUCACUGGUUCCUGGUGCUGGUUUGUUUCCCGGGUCUGGAGGAGGUCCAGUACCAGAAGUUCUCCAGUCCAACAGCUCUCCAGCAGUGCAGGGCUUUUAUUGUGAAAGAGAGAUUGCAGGAUGUUGUUUGUGUCUCAGGUGGAUCAGAGCGAUCUGCAGGUAAACCGUCCUCCUUCAGCCUGAGGUCACAGCGGCCUCCGGAGUGCACGGAGCAGAGCUGGCAGAGGGACACGGUGUUAAAGAGGCCGUGCAUCGUCGUCAUGGACUCUCUGAAGCUGUCGUACCACGACAACGUCUGCAGACUCCUCAGAGAGUACCUGCAGGUGGAGUGGGAGGUCCGGAGGGGGACGCCUCAUCUCUUCACGUCGGACAGCAUGAGGAGCUCCAACUGUCGAGUCCCUCAGCAGAACAACAGCAGCGACUGUGGACUGUACCUGCUGCAGUACGCCGAGAGCUUCCUGCAGAACCCCGUGGUGAACUUUGACCUCCCAUUACGGCUGGACAGCUGGUUCCCGCGGCAACGGGUGCGACAGAAGCGCGAGGAGAUCCGAUCUCUGAUCAUGAGGAUGCACCAGAGUCAGAACGGAGGAAACUGAAACCACGAAAGAUGACCAAAAAACCCAAACCGAGCCGUUAACUCACCUGUGCAAUAAAUUAUUUAUAUUUUUUCUACGUUGUUAAAAUGUUCAUACUUUGAUGUCGAAGGAUUUAAAAUGCUGCUUUAAUAAAAACUAUUUUAAACAAUA